AUGUUGCCAAAAUUACAUUAAAGUUCAUCUGUGUAAUCAGUAAGAACAUCUGAAGAUUUCAGUUUAAAUGAAGCCAAAAGAAGAUAAAAAUAAUUAGAGUUGGAAUCUUAGACUGUUGAGAAUAGAAUCAAAUAAUUAAAGAAAGAAAAUGAGAAACUGUCAAAAAAAGUAGAAAUGGCAGAACAAUUAGCACUUGAUGUGUAUGCUUCUCGACUUGCAUAGAAGAUGAAAGUAAUUAUAUCAGGUGUAAUAAAUAAAAUAGAAAGAAUAAAAAUAACAUCAACUAUCUAUGAUAGAUCCAACUAAAUAUUAGUAAACUUAAUAUGAAAGAAUGCAUCUUAAAAAGAUGAAAUCAGAGGUAAGGGAGAUGAAACAUUAAGAUGCAUAAUUAAUGAAAAAUUCCAUUAAAUUUGAAUUGAUGAGAACAAAUUAAGAGCAAAUUAAAAUUGCCUAAAAUCUCAAAUUAAGAGCUUCAUUAAAGAAAGAAGAAGAAAAAUUAUCAUAAGCUGUGAUUUAAGAAAAAUUAUAUGAGAAAUAAUAAAAAGUGAGAUUAGAGUAAGAGAGAGAAAAAUAAAAAAUUAUUAUGGAAAAUGAAAAAUAAGAGUAUUCAAUUAAACAAUUAGAAGCAUAAGAAUUGAAAUUAGUUGAAAAACUAUAAGCAACAUAAUAAAGAGAAUAAGCUGUUAAAGAAAAAUUAAUGGCAGCUACAAGAUUAGCUCCUGAAGAUUUUGAUAGAACAUAUUUAGGAGGUCAAUCAAUAAUAUGUGAAUAAGAAAAACAAGUAAAAAUAUAUAUUAAAUAAAUAAGGAAUAAAAAUAAGAAGAAUAAAAAGAAUAAUAAGAAUAAUAAGAGGGAGGUUAAUAAGAAGAAGGAGGUUAAUCUGGAGAAGGAGGUUAAGGUACAUAAACUGAAUGA